GUUUAGCUGAAGGGCUGAGUUUCUGGGGUAAAGAUCCUUGAUGGGAAUUGAUCGAGGGUUUGUUUCAUUGUGGGUUGUUACCAAGGCGGAGUGGGCACCUCCCACAAGGUGGGUGGGGAGUACCGCUCCAUAAAUGUACCGAGAGCCAAAGAUCUUUGCCGAGAGCUGCAGGGGGAUGAGAAGUGAGAGGGAGGACGGUGCGUGGAGCACAGAGACCAUGCGUCAGGAGUAGUCCAGUGCUAAGUUUCUUUUUUGCAAAGCGCUGCCACUGAGUGCACCGCCUCUCAUCCGCCUGUAGAAUCACUGCUCUCUCUCCUUUACACCGCCACCUGGGACGGAUCUGUAAAGCCGCGACUCAUUCCUUCUUCAAGGCCUCGAGCAUGUCGGUGACGGUCCACGAGAAUCGCAAGUCUCGCUCCAGCUCGGGCUCGAUGAACAUCCAGCUGUUCCACAAGCCGUCGCACGCCGACAGCCUGCUGACCCACCUCAACCUGCUGCGCAAGCGCCACCUGUUCACGGACGUGACGCUGUGCGCGGGCGCCCGCACCUUCCAGUGCCACCGGGCGGUGCUGGCCUCCUGCAGCCGCUACUUUGAGGCCAUGUUCGCCGGCGGCAUGAAGGAGAGCCGGGACGGCACGGUCAACUUCCACGACUCGCUGCACCCCGAGGUGCUGGAGCUGCUGCUGGACUACGCCUACACCGCGCGCGUCCUCAUCAACGAGGAGAAUGCCGAGUCGCUGCUGGAGGCCAGCGAUAUGCUGCAGUUCCACGAGAUCCGCGACGCAUCGGCUGAGUUCUUGCAGAAGAACCUGCACCCCAUGAACUGCCUGGGCAUGAUGCUCCUGUCCGACGCCCACCAGUGCGAGCAGCUCUUCCAGCUCUCCUGGCAGACGUGCCUGGCCUACUUCACCGUCCUGUACCGCACCGACGACUUCCUGGGCCUGCCCGUGGACAAGCUGCUGGAGCUGGUCCUCAGCGAAGACCUGGAGGUGGAGGACGAGAGUUUGGUGUACGAGGCGGUGAUGGGUUGGGUGAAGCACGACCUGCAGCGGAGGCUGGAGCACCUGCCCGAACUCCUGCGCUGCGUGCGCCUGGCCCUGCUGCCCCAGUCCUACCUGUACCACAGCGUGCUGGGCGAGGACCUGGUGGCGGGUCACAAACUGGGCCGGGGGGUGGUGGAGGAGGCCAUCUCCUGCAAGCUGAGGAUCCUGCAGAACGACGGGGUGGUCACCCUGCUGUGCGCCCGACCCCGCAAGGUCAACCACGACAUCCUGCUGCUGGGCGGGCAGACCUUCGCCUGCGACAAGAUCUACGCCAUCGACCAGAAGACCAAGGCGGUCACGCCCAAGGCGGACAUCCCCAGCCCGCGCAAGGAGUGCAGCGCUUGCGCCAUUGGCUGCAAGGUCUACGUGACGGGGGGCAGGAGCUCGGAGAACGGGGUGUCCCGGGACGUCUGGGUGUACGACACCCUGCACGACGAGUGGGCUAAGGCGGCCCCCAUGCUGCUGGCGCGGUACGGACAUGGCACGGCGGAGCUGGACCAGUGCCUGUACGCGGUGGGCGGGCACACGGCGGUCAGCGCCAUCCUGCCCGCCUCGCCCUCCGUCUCGGUCAAGCAGGUGGAGCAGUUCGACCCGCAGGCCAACAAGUGGACGCUGGUGGCCCCGCUGCGCGAGGGGGUGAGCAACGCCGCCGUGGUGGGCGCCAAGCUCAAGCUCUUCGUCUUCGGCGGCACCAGCGUCAACCGGGAGAAACUGCCGCGGGUGCAGUGCUACUCGCCGGGCGAGAACCGCUGGACGGUGCCCGCCAAGUGCCCGCAGCCCUGGCGCUACACCUCCGCCGCCGUGGUGGGCGAUCACAUCGUGGUCAUCGGCGGCGACACCGAGAUCUCGGCAAACUCCGCCUACCGCUUCAACACCGACACCUACCAGUGGUCCAAGUUCGGCGACAUGGCGGCCCGGAGAGUCAGCUGCCACUCAGUCGCCUCCGGCAACCGUCUCUACGUGGUUGGCGGCUACUUUGGCGACCAGCGCUGCAAGACCCUGGACUGUUACGAUGCCUCCACCGACUCCUGGAGCAACGUUACCACCGUUCCCUACGCCCUCAUUCCCACCGCCUUCGUCAGCACCUGGAAGUAUCUCUCCGUGUAGGACCAUCACCAUAACACCAGCGCCCUCAGGCCUCGAGGAGCGUGCGAUGCUGUUGACCAGUGGAGAUGUUUUGGACGAGUCGCGUUGGCGUUGCCGCCUUUGCCGUCAUUCCCUCUGCUUGGACCCACGGAGCCUGAGGAAGGAUUGAAGCGGGAGGUCCAGCUGAGGACUGGGGCCAGACGCACGGCGGGUUUGAGCAGCACUGCUCCAGAGAGUUACUGGACUCCCACCUCUCUCGCCUACGCCAACCUUUAACACAAGAGACGCUAAAAUGACUGCCGUUGUGGUAGGCGGCUGCGACUGACUGAUUCAAUGGAUGGCUGAGCCAGGUUAUGGUGCUAUUUCCUACCCCGUUUGCUAAGGGUUGGCACCUUGUAAUUCUGUGGCCUUCUGCUGCUGUGUGGGACAGAGACAGUGUGUGCAUCUGACGUACAGGUAUGGAGUGAACAUCCUGGGUCAAAUACUGUGGUCUCCACCACCUUGACCAUAUCGGAGCAGGUUUACAUGGUUUAGAGACACAGCAUGGAAACUGGCCCUUCGGCCCACCAAGGCCAUGCUAUCCAGCGAUGACCCUUGCACACUAGUCCUAUGUUAUCCCACCUUCCCAUCCACUCCCCACACACCGAGGACAGUUUUUCAGAGGCUGAUUAACCUCCCAACCCGCACGUCUUUGGAUUGUGGAAGGAAAAGGGCGCACCCAGAGUAAAGCCACGCAGGAGAACGUGCAGACUCCA